CCUCCAUCCAGGCUGCGGCCGGGCCCACGGCUACCCUUUCGGACCCGACCACACCUGGAACCGCACCCCGGGCCGGGCAGAGGAGGAGAAGGGCGGCCCCGAGAGGGAACCUGGCCAGGAGGAUCCGCGGGGCGCCGGCGAGGCCCGGAGGCGAGGGCGCGGCGGAACGAGGCGAUGGCGCGGAGCCCGGGCGGCCGGUGCGCCCUGCUGCUACUGCUGCAGCUGCUAGCAGUGGUCUGCUUGGACUUUGGACAUGGACUUCACUUAGAGGUCUUCAACACAAGAAGUGAAGGCAAACUGUUUCCCAAGCGCACUCACUUGGUGCGUCAGAAGAGGGCCUGGAUCACUGCCCCUGUGGCUCUUCGGGAGGGGGAAGACCUUUCCAGAAAGAACCCAAUUGCCAAGAUACACUCUGACCUUGCAGAAGAACAGGGGAUAAAGAUCACCUACAAGUAUACUGGGAAGGGAAUUACACAGCCACCUUUUGGUAUAUUCGUCUUUGAUAGAAACACGGGAGAACUGAACAUCACCAGCAUUCUUGACCGGGAAGAAACGCCGUUUUUUCUGCUGACAGGCUAUGCCUUGGACUCCAGAGGAAAAAACCUGGAGAAGCCCUUAGAACUACGCAUCAAAGUUCUGGACAUCAAUGACAACGAGCCAGUGUUCACCCAGGAGGUCUUUGUUGGGGCCAUUGAGGAACUGAGUGCAGCACAUACACUUGUGAUGAAAAUCACCGCCACGGAUGCAGACGAUCCCGAGACCCUGAAUGCUAAAGUCUCCUACAGAAUUGUCUCUCAGGAGCCUGCAAAUACUCCAGUGUUCUACCUAAAUAAAGACACGGGGGAGAUCUACACGACCAGUUUUACUUUGGACAGAGAGGAAUACAGCAGCUAUUCCUUGACGGUGGAAGCAAGAGAUGGUAACGGGCAGAUAACAGAUAAACCAGUGCAUCAAGCUCAAGUUCAGAUUCGUAUUUUGGAUGUCAAUGACAAUAUACCUGUGGUGGAAAAGGAAAUGUACGAGGGGACGGUGGAAGAAAACCAGGUUAAUGUAGAAGUCAUGCGGAUCAAAGUGACCGAUGCAGAUGAAGUCGGCUCCGAUAACUGGCUAGCAAACUUUACGUUUGCGUCGGGAAAUGAAGGGGGCUAUUUCCACAUUGAGACUGACACGCAGACUAACGAAGGGAUCGUGACCCUUGUCAAGGAAGUGGACUAUGAAGAAAUGAAGAAGCUGGACUUGAGUAUCCUUGUCACUAACAAAGCAGCUUUCCACAAGUCUGUUCUGAGCAAGUACAAGGCCACGCCCAUUCCCAUCACUGUCAAGGUCAAGAACGUGGUUGAAGGCAUUAAUUUCAAGAGCAGCGUAAUCUCUGUUCGAGCUAGUGAGGCAAUGGAUAGAUCCAGCCUCAGCCGGUCAAUUGGAAAAUUUCAAGUUUUUGAUGAAGACACUGGACAAGCAGCUAAAGUAACAUAUGUAAAAGUGCAAGACAGUGACAACUGGGUCUCUGUGGACUCCGACACUUCAGAGAUUAAGCUUGUGAAGAUUCCUGACUUUGAAUCUAGAUAUGUCCAAAAUGGUACCUACACUGUAAAGGUUGUGGCUAUAUCCAAAGAUCAUCCUCAAAAAACCAUCACUGGCACUGUCAUUAUCAAUGUUGAAGACAUCAAUGACAAUUGUCCCACACUGGUGGACCCAGUACGGAGUGUCUGUGAGGAUGAGCCAUAUGUGAAUGUCACUGCAGAGGAUUUGGAUGGACCCCAGAACAGUGGACCAUUCAGCUUCUCCAUCAUUGACCAGCCUCCUGGAACGGCACAGAAGUGGAAGAUAACGCACCAAGAAAGUACCAGUGUGCUGCUGCAACAGAGCGAGCGGAAGCUUGGGAGAAGUGAGAUUCCCUUCCUCAUUUCCGACAGCCAGGGCUUCAGCUGCCCCGAGAGGCAGGUCCUUCAGCUCACCGUGUGCGAGUGUCAGAAGGGCGGGGGCUGUGCGGCUGCGCUGUACAACAACUAUGUCGGCCUGGGCCCCGCCGCCAUCGCGCUCAUGAUUCUGGCGCUGCUGCUCCUGCUCCUGGUGCCACUCUUGUUGUUGAUAUGCCACUGUGGAGAGGGCGCCAAGGGCUUCACCCCCAUUCCUGGGACCAUAGAGAUGCUGCAUCCUUGGAAUAAUGAAGGGGCACCCCCUGAAGACAAGGUGGUGCCAUCGCUUCUAGUGACUGACCAUGCGGAGAGCUCAGCAGUGAGAGGCGGCGUAGGAGGCGCGACGCUCAAGGAAGGCACGGUGAAAGGCAGCAGCUCAGCUUCCGUUAUCAAAGGGCAGUCUGAGUUUGACGCCCGAUGGGAAGAGCACAGAAGCCUCCUCACUAUGAGGGACACUCACCACGGAGGGACAGCAGGAGCCAUCACUGUCGAUGGAACCAUAAGGACAACAAGAGCCACAGGGGUUUCCCGAGACAUGAGUGGGGCUCGAGGAGGAGCUGUUGCUGUGAAUGAGGAAUUCUUAAGAAGUUACUUCACAGAGAAAGCAGCUUCUUACGCUGGGGAAGAUGACCUUCACAUGGCCAAAGACUGCCUUCUCAUUUACUCUCAGGAAGACACGGACUCUCUCCGAGGCUCCAUCGGGUGUUGCAGUUUUAUCGAGGGAGAGCUUGAUGAUUUGUUCUUAGAUGACCUGGGGCUUAAAUUCAAGACCUUAGCUGAAGUUUGCUUAGGUCGAAAGAUUGAUAUGGACAUUGAACAGAGGCAAAAGCCGGUCAGAGAAGCAAGCAUGAAUGCAGCUUCUGGCUCACACUACGAGCAAGCGACAACCAACUCAGAGAGCACGUACUCCUCUAACAGUGGCUUCCAAGCCUCCAAACCUCUGCAUGGAGCACACACAGAGAAAGUCACACAGGAAAUUGUCACUGAAAGCUCUGUGUCUUCCAGGCAGAGUCAGAAGGUAGUACCGCCACCUGAUCCUGUGGCUUCUGGUAAUAUUAUAGUGACAGAAACUUCCUAUGCCACAGGCUCAGCGGUGCCACCCAGCACUGUGAUCCUGCCUCCUAGACAGCCACAGAGCCUUAUUGUGACAGAGAGGGUGUAUGCUCCAGCCUCCACCUUGGUGGGUCAGCAUUAUGCCAAUGAAGAAAAUGUCCUUGUUACAGAACGAGUGAUCCAACCUAAUGGGGGCCUCCCUAAGCCCCUUGAGGUCACCCAGCAUCUGACAGAUGCACAGUAUGUGAUGGUGAGGGAAAGAGAGAGCGUCCUCGCUCCCAGCUCAGGCGUGCAGCCCACUCUGGCAAUGCCCACUGUGGCAGCAGGAGGACAGAAUGUCACCGUGACAGAGAGAAUACUGACUCCUGCUUCCACUCUGCAAUCCAGUUACCAGAUUCCCAGUGAAACCUCCAUCAAGGCUAGGAAGACCGUGCUCUCUAGUGUGGGAGGCAUGGGUCCCCUGCCCCAUUUAGAUGUAGAGGAAUCUGGUCCUCCCAAUUCUACUAUAACCACAUCUUCCACCAGGGUCACCAAGCAUAGCACCGUGCAACAUUCUUACUCUUAAAGAGAAGCCAGCCGCAGUCUGACCCAGAGCUUAACUAGCUUCCAUUGGGUGUGUGUCUCCAUGCCUCUAAUGUUGCCACACAAAGACUUGCACGUUGAAAGAACUCAUUGACAUGCCAAAGACACGGUGCCUCAGGUAGGGCUGUAUUUCAGAAAUGCUCUGUGAUAUUGGGGGAUGGAAUUAAGAUGCUGGUUCCUAAGUGCCUUUUAGUGCGCUGUGCAAGCAAUACUCACAAACGGGACAUGUAAAAUUGGCUUCCAAGAACUUGCCAAAUUAAAGCACAGUUUCUAGUUCCUCUUGUCCUGAAAGAUGGGUCUCUGCACAAUGUGUUGGUAUUCAGCAGGGACAGGUCCACCCUGUAUAUUACAGAACCACACAGGUUAAAAGUACCAAAUAGCACCAGAGACACAUCUCCACUCUAAGCCUUCAACUUCAGUUUCUGGUUCACUUUAACACUGGGACCCUGAGUACACUGGAGACGAGAAAAAAAGAAUGAAAAAACACUGGAGCCCUUUUUUAAUUGUGUAAAGUUGACAGAAUUUUAGAACAUUGUCAGGAUGAGAAUA